AUGGAAACUACAGGCUUCACCUCAACCCAAUUAGAAGUCCGAGAAGCCAUUUCAGCCCUCUGCACUCAAUUCCCAGACAGCUACUGGCGGCACCACGACGAAACCUCCACAGAUCCCUCUACCUUCCACGCCGCCCUCGCAAAAGACGGCUGGCUCGGCAUCGCCCUACCAGAGAAGUACGGAGGUUCAGGCCUAGGAAUCUCAGAAGCAACAAUGAUGCUUCAAACCAUUGCCGAAUCUGGCGCAGGUAUCGCGGGGGCCCAAGCCAUCCACGCAAACGUCUACGCCACACAGCCGUUAGCUAAAUACGGGAACGAAAAGCAACUUUCCGAUACCUUACCUAGAAUUAUCAACGGUGAAUACCGCACCUGCUUCGGCGUCACAGAACCGAACUCAGGACUCGACACACUAAGUCUCGGCACAACAGCCCAAAAGCAACAGGACGGAACAGGAUACACCGUCAAUGGCCAGAAAAUCUGGAUCACAUGCGCCCAAGUAGCCUCCCGCAUGAUUCUCCUCGCGCGCACCGCCGCACCCUCUGCCGCAAAUAAGCGCAGUGAAUCCCUCAGCCUCUUCUGCAUCCCCCUCGACCGCACCCCCGACUCUGGUCUGAGCAUGCAGCGCAUCAAGAAAAUGGGCGGCAGAGCCGUCGACGCAAACGAAGUCUUCUUCGACAACUACCGCAUCAGCAGCGACACCCUCGUCGGCGCCGAAGGCCAAGGCUUCCGCAUAAUCCUCUCAGGCAUGAACGCAGAACGCUGCCUUCUCGCGGGCGAAGCACUUGGGUUGGGCUAUGCAGCGCUCAGCCGAGCAAGCGCGUACGCGCGGGACCGCCGCGUUUUCGGUCGCGCAAUCGGUAUGAACCAGGGCGUUGCGCAUCCGCUGGCUGAUGCGUACAUGAGGCUUGAAGCCGCGAAGCUGGCGACGUAUCAUGCGGCGAGGCUGUACGAUGCGAGUCGGAGUGACGAGUCGAUUCGUGCGGAUGCGGUGGGGGUUGCGGCGAAUAGCGCAAAGUAUCUUGCUGCGGAGGCGGCGUUUAAUGCGUGUGAAAGGGCGGUGCUGGCGCAUGGCGGCAUGGGUUAUGCGCAGGAGUACGAUGUAGAGAGGUAUUUGAGGGAGUGUUUUGUGCCCAGGAUCGCGCCGGUGAGUAGGGAGAUGGUGUUGAAUUAUAUUGGGGAGAAGGUGCUUGGGCUGCCGAGGAGUUAUUGA